CACCAAUACACACUAGUACACCAAGCCCCAGCAAGCCUCCGCUUUUACGGCUCGGAGCGAAUUUCUCUUGUCAGAAAAUCCGAGGCCUUGCGAGUGAACACCAUGAUGAUGAUACGAACGACAGCUCGCGUCCUUUUGGUCGCGGUGUUGACCUUGGGUGUGUUGUUGCCGUCGGCGACGUCUCGUGAUCUUUCGCUGAUCGCCGAAGUCUCCGCGGAAAGCAUUCCUCACGAAGAAUCUUCCUCGACUGCUUACAUCGUCUCUCGCGAUGCCUCGGAACGUAGUCAGGCUCGCGACUCCUCCGAUGAAGAGUUCGGCAACUUGGACGCGUCGGUCAGCGGCAAAAGCGGAGAUUCUUGGCUGAGCAACAACUUUGCUGCCGACGGCUGCGACUGCGUGUGUGAUUGCGAAGAGCAAGACUUGGACUGCAGCUGUGUUUGCAAGUGCGAUGAAGAACAAGACUCGGUGACGCAUAUCGACGAUUACCAGCAAGCUCAAGAAGCCGAAGUGUUGCCGCAACGUCGGCGAAGGCGCAUGGAAGACGAGUUCGGGAGCACGAUGUCCAUGGCCAUGCCUACCGCAGGUCCCAUGACCUUCGUUGGAGAAGCCCCCUCGACGCCGCCUAAUGGUCCCCCUAUUUCCAAGCCAACUCCACCAGGAAUGGGUAUGGGUACGGGUAUGAUGAGCAUGGGAAAAGGCAAAGGAAAGGGAAUGAGCAUGGCUAUGGGCAUGGGCAUGAGUCAGGCCAUGGGUAUGAUGGCCAUGGGAAAAGGCAAAGGAAAGGGCAAAGGGAAGGGAAUGAGCAUGGGUAUGAGCAUGGGUAUGAGUCAGGCAAUGAGCCAGGGAAUGAGCAUGGGAAUGAGUAUGAGCAUGGGAAUGAGCAUGGGGAAUGGGGCCUCCAGCAAUGGCAGCUCUCUCCAAUCCAAACUUUCUCAAUUACUUAACAAAUACAAGUCCAAAAGCAAGAACAUGAAGUAAAGACAAUUGUGAGUGUGAGCACCGUGACAAAAAGUGCUCUGGUCCGCGAGCUUUAGUUCUCCAAAAGGCGCGUGGGUUUUCUCGAUGAUCCGUGGCAACCACCACUAUUAUAAGCUGCCAUGUGUCAUCUUCGUUUGGGCUGAGGCGAGCGGGGAUAUGACUGGGAGUAUUUUACGUCCUACCAUCACUUUUAAAGUAAAUAGUCUGAAUA